UCUCGAUAAUGGAUGAUGAAGCUGAAACCUACAAGAUCUGGAAGAUCAGGAAGACGGUAAUGCAGAUUUGUCAUGACAGAGGAUACCUUGUUACUCAGGAUGAGUUGGAUCAGACCUUAGAACAGUUUAAAGAACAGUUUGGAGAUAAACCUAGUGAGCGCAGACCAGCACGCAGUGAUCUUGUAGUUCUCGUCGCGCAUAACGAUGAUCCUACAGAUCAAAUGUUCGUGUUCUUUCCUGACGAUCCAAAAAUAGGAAUCAAAACCAUCAAAACAUACUGUACAAGAAUGCAAGAGGAGAAUAUCACAAGGGCUAUUAUCGUUGUACAGACUGGUAUGACCCCUUCAGCUAAACAGUCGCUGGUUGACAUGGCUCCUAAAUAUAUUCUAGAACAGUUCCUUGAGAGUGAGCUCCUGAUUAACCUGACUGAGCAUGACCUGGUCCCGGAGCAUGUUGUUAUGACCUCAGAGGAGAAGGAUGAACUACUCAAGAGGUACAAGCUGAAGGACAACAUGUUGAUGAGGAUCCAGGCUGGAGACCCCGUAGCCAGAUACUUCGGACUCAAGAGGGGGCAGGUCGUCAAGAUUAUCAGGUCUUCUGAGACUGCCGGGCGAUAUAUCUCAUACAGAUUAGUCGUCUGAACCAUCAAUCAAUCAAUCAACGAUAUCUUGAGAUUUUUGACGAUUAAAAAAUUCUUUGAUCUUUUCAGAUUUCAGUUGAAAUAUUCCUAUUGUACCUGUUUUUUUUUUAGAAAAAA